UCCGCGUUGCCAUUUCCUCCGCGGGGACCAAACGGGUACCGGAUGACAUGCGCAGCCCAGCCGUGAAUCACACAUCUCCACGGUAACCGGUGGUAACAGGCUGCUCAGCAUCCGCGGAGGAGGCCAAUCUAUUGGCUAACACAGCAGAACACAGUCGUCCCGAGGCAGCCAUGGUGAAGCCGGGUAGCAACCUGUGUCAGAAGAAGCUGGAGAAGAAGUCGUUGUUGGACGACGGCUUCGACAACAUCCCCCUCAUCACCCCGCUGGAGGUCAACCAGCUGCAGAACCCCCACGCGACCCCCGACCAGGUGUUCGUGAAGACCAAGACACAGUACCAGCUGCAGCAGAAGAGCAAGAGGAGGCUGUACGUGCCCAGCAUCAGACGCUUCAACAUCAACUUCUACAGCAACGUGUCUGAGAAGACCAAGAUCACAGGCCUGAUCCUCAUCACGUUGGCCUUCCUCACCAGCCUCCUACUUCUGCUCAUGUACAAAGCCCUGUGGUACGACCAGCUCACCUGUCCAGAGGGCUUUGUUCUGAAGGGGAAGCACUGCGCCCCCACUGGCCUGGAGAUGUACUACACCGAGCAGCAGCAGAGAGAGCAGUCGGGCCCGGAGGAGCGCGGCACCAUCGGCGCCGGCUUCUACGCGGCCCUCAGCCACCUCAACAAGGUCAAGAGGACCAGGCCCGAGAUGGUGUCGCCAUGGCUACCCGUCAUCGGAACCCUGAAGGAGGGGGGAGGGCCUGCGGGGAGAGCAUGGAGGAGCCCCUGGAGGGGGAGCUGGGAGGAAAGGAGUGAAGGUGUGGAGGAGAGAACGGGAUCUCGUCACGGAGAGACGAGGCCUUGUGGUGGGCGGGUGUUGACAUGUGACAGGUUAGCGUGUGCAGUGUGUGCAUGCGCAGCCGUGUGCGUCAGAACGUGCUUCUGGGUGCGUGUGUAUGUGCCUGUGUGUGUGUGCCUGUGUGUGUGUGUGUGUGCCUGUGUGUGUGUGUGUGUGUGUGUGUGUGUGUGUGUGUGUGUGUGUGUGUGUGUGUGUGUGUGUGUGUGUGUGUGUGUGUGUGUACACUCGAUGUGUACUUGUGUGUCUGCUCAGUGGAAACGUAUCAAGUGGGAGCUGGAGGUGUGAGCGAGAGAAAGUGUGAACACUGAGAAUGAGUGAAGCUUCAGUGAGAGUCUUCUUCUGCUUAGUUUCUCACCCCCCCCCCCCCGGGUUUAUUUUGUUAAUGAGUGCAAAAAGAAGCAACGUCCUUUUUGAAUCACCUUUUUUUUUUUAACACAUAGUCAAGAGAGAGCGAAGAUCUCCUGCUGUGUUACAUUUAUACUGGCUUUUUAUGUUUGCAGUGUGUUCUACGUUUGAAUUCUGAACGGUAAUGGCAGUGUUGUCAGAAUGCAUUUUAAUGAACCAUUUGAUGGUCUGAAGAAUUAAAUUAAUGUUAAGAUUAAGGAUACUCAACGACAGUUAUUUAUAUUAACGUACUGUAUGUAUAUAUAUAUAUGACAGCAACGGACUAAUUAUACAAAAUACUAGGUCAUCCAGACCUGUUUUCUCUAAGGUUUGCCAGAAAUGUUUAUGUAUAUUUGGUUUAAUGAGUGUGAUCUAGUUCAUAACUAUCAUGAAUGUAUAAAUCAGCAUUUAAUUGUAGGGCUUAUGAUGAGUAUUUCUUAAUGUAGUUGACACUAACACAAUCUUUUUUUGUUUUUCUCUUUGUUGGAUGUAUUUAAUAAACUAUUAAUUGG